AUGAGAAAUAUCCAAAGCCACGUAUCAAAAGAAUUACUUACAACCGGAUUCUUUACUGAAAGUAAAUACUCAGGAUACCAAAGAAUAGAUGAUAUGGCAACAAUAGUAGCUAACCCAACAGAAGACGAUCUAUAUAGAGGACAAUUCAAUGUUGUAUAUAUGAAACAACUAUGUGACUGGCAUAAUAGACAAAGAACACCAUCUGAUACGUGUACUAAAUCACAUACAGGAGGAGGCAAUCCAAAUUCACUCAAAAUAACAAAAUAUUUUUUAAUAACACUCCAUGUUAACUACAGACCUGCCAAUACCAACUCAGUAGCAGCACGAUCUAAACAAGUAUCCAUAAUACUAUGGAUGCAUGAAAAAUAUAUUACACACAAACAUCAAGAAACUGUACAAGAAAUAUUUGCAAAAUUCUUAUUCAACUUCAAAUAUGUAAAUGAAGAAGAAUUCUUAGACAUAAAACAAGAAUACUACAGACUCCAAGAAGAAGCAAAUGAUAGAACAACAUGGCCCCAAGGAGGCAUAUUCCAAAUCUACAAAAGAUUACCUA